UGUGAUUAAGAAGUGAUCAGUGGUGAAAGCAAAAGAAAAAAAAAUAAGUAAGAAGGAAAGGAUCAGUGCGCGACUUUGAAAGGUCGAUGCAGGAGGAAAGGAUUUAAUUACACGAGAAGACUGUGGGAUUGAACUGUGUGCUGAGUGUGUUUUGGGCCCGGAAGUAUGGAGUUUGCCCGGGGGGAGAAGUGGCAACGUUUCGGUGCGUUGAUUUGUGUGGUUCGAUCGUCCAGACGAUCGUGAGAAAAGAUUUUGUGGUCACUUGCUUGCUGAACGACAAGGAUAUCGAUCGAUCCGAUCCCGUCGGUUAUUUUUUUUUUGGUUCUCGAUUGGAAGAAGUGAAGAAAACAGGUUUUUCGAAAACAGGUGAAAUAUGAUCAAGUGAUUUGAAUUUUGGGUUGAUUCAGGAAUCCAAUCAGUCAAUCAGUUAGAGUUGGAAAUUGGAAGGAAAAUAGUUGAAGUUGAGGCGAGCGAAAUGCAACGGAUUUUGACCACUCGCAACACGAGCUUGUGGGCUGUUGUUGUUGUGCUGGUGCUGGUGGUUGUGGUGGAAGCUGCGGCCUUAACGGAGGUUGAGCUGGAGGAUGACUACCUGGUUGCGACCAAGGAGCUGGAGCAGCAGUGCGUUCACCGAUGUCCGGAUCAGAACCGAACCGGCUUCAAUGAGCAUAUCGACGUCAGCUGCGGGAGUGAUUGCUAUCUGACGCAGUGCGCUGUGGGGUGCCGUCUGUGGGAACUAGCCCUGGAGUCGUCCUGCCAAACUGUGUGCAACAAAACCGACCAGGAGCUGCUGGAGCCCAAGGAGCUGUACUGUGUGAUGGGUUGCAACGAUGCGCUGAAUCGGUACUUCAAGUGGCUGAAGGCGGAGAUUGGGACGCCUCCGGCGCCGGCGCUGGUGGCCGACAGCCUUACCGCGACUUCCCUUUCGCUGGAGUGGGAAAUUCCGGAACGUUCGGUGCAGUUGUCGCGCCAGAAAAGCCGCGGUCCACGCAGCUAUCUGGUACAGUGGCGCUACGAGGAAGUCGCCGGUGACUGGAAGUUCUGCCGCAAUCAAAGCAUGGGGGACAACUCCACCAUACGGGUCGAUAAUCUGCAGCCCUACACGAAGUAUCGGUUCCGAGUUGCGCUGCUGCUUUCGCCGCCGCACGAUGAAGUGCUGAUUUCGGAGCAAAGCGUCAUCAUUCUGACUUCCGCCCAGGGUCCGCCGAAGUCCGAACCGAAAAUUGACAUCCCGGAGUCCAACACUUCCCGACACUACAUGUUCGAGAAGCUCGCCCCGGAACGGAACUAUUCGGUUUCGGUUACCAUGCGCAACCCGGAGGGCGAAGGCCCUCCAUCGACAACCUACGUACGAACGCCCAUUCAACCGCUGGACCUGGAGGAGGACAUCAGUCCGACGCUAAUCCUCGGCGCAGAGCACGCCGUCCUCUCGCAGGGAACCUCAAACCUUCUGUCCGCUUCGCCAACCAACUUCUACCGUAGCCCAAGCCACCGCAUCCGCGGCACCGCUGUUCACAUUCGGCGCAAUUUAAUCUUCGUUUCGGACGACGCCGGUUUCAUCUACAAAGCCCCGCUCCGCUUAGCGGCGGAGAAGGGACGAAUCGCCAUCCUAACGCCGGACGCUGGCCACAACUUCCGCCCGACGCUACUCUCGGUCGAUUGGUUGAACGACCAUCUCUACAUUCUUGGACAGGCCAAAAGCACCGGGCUGUGGCAGAUUUCCCGCUGUGAUUUCAGCGGCGAUCGAAUGACCGUAGCCAUCGCUGGCCUUCAACGACAGCCGGAGCACUUCGAAGUGGACCCAUUCAACGGGUACCUUUUCUGGGUCAUCAGCAGCCGUUCGCCGGAUGCCGGCCUCUUCCGUCUUGAUCUCGGAGACAUCUCCAACGGCGUAAAGCACGAAAUCAAACCCCUUCAGUUGAACAACCACCACAACCUGGGUGCUUUUUCAAUCGAUCACACCAGCUUUCGAGUGCUGGUCCCCGACCAGGACGCCAACACCGUUCUGGCGAUCUCCCUGGACGGCAAAACAACGGAAAACAUUCGCAGCAAUACGCAGCGACCACGCUUCGAAAAGGUCAAAUCGAUCGCCCUAGCUAAUGGCCUGUUCUACUGGACCAACGGUAAGGAACUGUUGGCCGAAGACUACCACCUGAAGCAGGACAGUUACUUCCACAAUGCCUUCCCGAUCGAUUCGAACACGACGACGCACACCUAUUUCAGCAUCUGCGUGAACCUUUCGUCGGCGCAGCCGAUUCCGGUUCCGGUGAAUCCACCGAGAAACGUUCAAGCCCUGCUGACGAACAACAAGAUCAAGAUCUUCUGGAAUGAACCCCACUUGCUAGGGAUCAAGGGUAAGGGCGCCUGGCAGGAGUGGAUGUACGAGCUGGAGCUGAGCGAGGAAGGUAGUGGUAAGGUAGUAGCGUAUCCGGAGAUUAACGAAACUUCGUUCGUUUCGAUGGAUGGGGAUCUGCUGGCACCGGGUAAGGGUUACGUGAUCAAGGCUGCUGCCUACACGCAUGCCGGACGGGGACCUUGGAGUACGGAGUUCCGUGCACGGACAUUGAAGGACGCCCACGAGCGGCAUCUGCUGUGGUCCGGUAGCGAGGGGAUCAUGCGAAGUGAUGUUAUUGGUGAUGCCGUGGAGACGUUGAUUAGUCGAGCGGAGCUGGAGGAUGGGGUUGUGACGGAUAUCGCUUGGUUCGAGAGUAUUCUGUAUGUGGUGAGUAAUUCAACGUUGGUUUUUUACAAUCAAAGUGAGGGGCAGAUCAGUAAGCUACGGGAACUGGAGUCGGUCGAGUGCGUGACGGUUGAUUGGAUCGGGAGGAGGUUGUACUUCUACAACCCCUCGCAGCAGAUGAUCAUGAGGAGUAGUUUGCACGGGGAGCAACACGAGCCGAUUCACAAUGUGAAGAAUGUGCGGGAGAUUAAGUUCGACGCCCUGCGGGGGUACAUUUACUACACGUCGGAGUUUGCGAUGGAAGCUUUCCGGUUGAACGGCAAGGAUCGGCAUAGUUACUACUUGGAGAAUGAUCGGUUCACCGGGAAGGGGGUGAUUGGGUUGACGCUGGAUAUGGAUAGUGAGAAGGUGUACUGGAUUGUGCGGAGCAUCAGCAACUCCGAGUUGUUCAGUGCGCACAUGGCUGGAACUGGGUCGUCGAAGGUUAGUUCCUUGGUCACGGUACUGGCCGAGCAGUCGCCACGAGGUCCGCUAACUCAUUUUAGCGACCGGCUGCUGUGGCUUCAACAGGACGAGGUGGUGAUCGGCGAUCUCCGAGGCGAAAACCUCGCCCACAUCAGAAACCAAAAACUCAACGGAACGCGUGCCUUCACCAUCAUCGAUCCGGCUCACCACAUCUACCCGGAGGACAACCAAAACGUAAAUGUCCUCCCGAUGCAGGUGAACGACACCUCGAUCCGCAUCCAGGGAACCUGGAAGAAGUUCAACAUCGUCUGGGACCCGGUCACGAACGUCAACUACGGCAAAGUAUUCUACAAAAUCACCAUCAAGGUGAAGGGCCGAAAAGACGAAAUCCACGAACUGCACAAGCCCUUCCACAUCUACAACAGCUCGGGAGCAAACCUGCUCCCACCGCACAGCGAAAUCAACGUCACCAUCAACGCCUUCACCUACUGGCGUUCGUCGGUCUUCUCCAGUGCUCGCCUCUUCAGCCCGUCGGGAAAACCCUCCCAACCAACGCGUCCGCGCGUUUUCAUCAAACACGUCAAAGACCCCAUUCAGGACAUCCACACCAUCGAAGCCACCUUCCGCUGGUCGGCACCGAAAACCCCCAACGGACCGAUCAUCGGCUACAAGGUACACUGCUGGUACGAAGAGGACGGCCUCACCAAUCAGGUCCUUCGGAACGAACUCACCAACCGCACGGAACGCAUCGUUCAAAACCUCGUACACAACGUAACAUACUUCUUCCGGGUGCAAGCCCUGACCAAGGCACGCGAAGGGGACAUGACCACCGUCCAAUCCGUAAGCACAGCCGAGGAUCAUCCGAUCCCGGAGGCGUUGAUCGCCACCUCCGAGCACAUCAUCCGAGUGGACUUCGAUUCCGGCGAAUCGCGCCAGGUGGUCAGUACCUCAACCCCGGUAACCUUCAUGACCCGAAUAGCCCGUGAACGCAAGCUAAUUUGGGUAGACGAAAACAAUGAACUAUUUCAAUACGAUGGUAGCUUAAAAUCGAAACUCUACUCCAUCGGUGGACCAGUUCUGUCACUAACCGUGGAUUGGAUCCGAAGGAUCCUCUACUGGUCCCAGCAGGAGGUGAUCGGAAGUGCACUCUACUCCUUUGAUCUGAACCGCUACGAGGAGGAGGGAGUGCACGUGGAGAAGAUCGUCUACAGUGCCGGUAACGUAACGAAUCUGGUGGUGGCUCCCUUCGAGCGGAAGCUCUUCUGGACGGAGAAGGUGCCGGAGGAUGUGAUUUAUGUGCACGAUUUUGACGAGGGUCGGACGGAGGAGUUUUUCGACGACAGCUUCGAGGAGUGUCCGAAUCGGACGGCUGGUAUUACCGUGUACCCGAUUCUGGCGCUGCAGACUUCCGUCAGCGAAGAGGCUAGGUUGUUUUGGGCCGAAACUGGGUUUAGAAGCGUUGGGUUGAGCAGCAGGACUUGUGCGAACUUUGGGUUCGAAUAUUAUCCGAAGAUGAAGAGUGUUGCGAAGGAUAGUGAUCAUUUUUAUUGGUUGGAGGAUGGCGAGGCGUUCGUUCGGAUGGAUGAUGGGGGCGAGCUGCGCUCGAAAACCAUCCCCGGAGCAAGGACACUGUUGCCCCUUCAGUUACAGUACUAUCCGGAGCGACGGUGUCUGAUUCCGUUGCAGUGGAGUCAAGACUAUCAGGCAAAGUUGUUGCAAAGAACGGAAAACUCGUUAACUUUAUUACUUCCGAAGGCGGAAGUACACCCGAACUGUUCGACGGAACCGAGUGGAAUUCGGUACGUGAUUUACUACGACGAAAGCGACCUGAACCGAACGGAAGACUGUGACCCCUCAAGCUGCAGCUACGUUACUUCCUACGAUCGAAGCAAAACCAUUAAAGGACUGAAACCGUUCACCAAGUACCGCUUUCAGGUCCUGCUGAUGAACUACUAUCAGGAACAGUUUGGAAUGAACAGUGAGCUGGAGAACCCCCGGCUAGGGUCGGUGGCGGUGUUUUCGACGGCAGCCGGUGCUCCCUCUAAACCGCAGGACAUUAGCGUGCUGGCGAUCAGUCCCACCGAAGCGGUGGUUCGAUGGUCACCGCCGGUGGCGAAGAACAGCGAUCGCGUUUGGUACGAGAUCCACUGGCAGACGGAGUACAUCCACGAUGGGUCCAAGAAUCGGCAGCAGCAGCUGGUUACAGAUUUUGAUGAGGAUUCCAGCAGUCUGUCGAUUAAUCUAACGAAACUACAGCCCAACCAAGCGUACACCAUUUGGAUUAUGGCGUACUCCACGGAAACAACCUACAGUGAAAGCGACCACGUGAAUAUCCUUACAUUCCCAGAACCGGAAGACAUCCGUCUUGUGUUCAAUUCAUCCACUGAACUGGGAGUAAGCUGGCGACCACACAUGAACAUCUCCACAUACAAAGUGCAGUACUCUUCCGUGGGCAGCAAAAGCUGGGAAACCGUUUUCGAAACCGGAGUCAACUCCACUGUUCCGGAAAACGGAAUCUACCAGGUGUCCGGACUACAGCCGAAGACACAGUACCGCUUUAUUGUACUGCUCUUCUAUCCGAACCGAAAGGAACCGUACGUGUGGCCUCCGGAUGCCCGAUUUAUCUACGAAACCGAAGCCGAUCGACCCAGCGCUCCGGGCCGACCGGUCGUGACGCUCAUCCGACAGGAUGUCUACAAAGUUUCCUGGGAACCCUCUAGGGACAACGGAGCCCCCAUCCUGGAGUACGCUCUGGAAGCUUUGGUUCGAUCUCCCCGCAGUAGCAACCGCGUCGAACGAGCCGCCAUUUCCACGAGCGGUGAAGUGCUGGAAGAGCUCGACAGCUCGGAAGACAUGAACAACACCAUCCCUACGCGGGUGGACGUCGGUUCGACCGACAGCCAGGAGUAUCAAACCUUCGACGAACACUGGGACCUCGUGUACAACGGUACGGACGUUUACUGGAUCAUCCCGGAGAAGCAACCCAUCCACAAGCAUACCUUCCGGGUGCGGGCCCGAAACGGUUGCGGCUGGGGUCCGUUCAGUGGCGAAAGUGAACCCAUCAGUCAACCGCUGCUCUCCGGCCAAACCGCCAGCUAUCUGUUCAUCGCCAUCCUGUCCGGGGUCAUCAUCUUCAUCAUCUUGCUACUGCUGAUCUUCGUUUGCGCGUACCGCCGAGCGGAGAUAGAAAAGAAAAAUUUAAAUGACUCAACCACUACUCGCAUUCCAGAUGUGGAGCUAGCGAACCUCCGCGAGCUGCCCCGGCGCGGUAAUUUCAUUCACAGCCAGAACCUCCUGUACAACUCGGGGCCGCUCACGGACUCGGAGAUCGCACUGCUGCCGCAGAUUCGCCGGGAGCAGAUUACGAUGACCAGUUCGCCCUUCCUGGGCAGCGGAGCGUUCGGCGAGGUUUACGAGGGUAUUGUGAAGGGAGUUGGUGACGAGGCCGAAACUAGGGUGGCCAUUAAGACGCUGAGGAAGGGAGCAACCGAACAGGAGAAAGCAGAAUUCCUCCAGGAAGCACAUCUGAUGAGUAACUUUAAGCACAAGCACAUCCUGAAGCUGAUCGGUAUCUGCCUGGAUCUGGAUUCGCUGUAUAUUAUUAUGGAGCUGAUGCGAGGGGGAGAUCUGUUGAGUUAUUUGCGCUCGAACCGGCCGACGCCCGGUAGUCCUUCGCCGCUGACGCUGCUGGAUUUGAUAACGAUGUGCGUGGAUGUGGCUACCGGUUGUCGCUAUCUGGAGGAGAUGCACUUCGUGCAUCGGGACUUGGCUUGCAGGAAUUGUUUGGUUUCCUCGCCGGAUCCGAAGGAGCGUGUUGUGAAGAUCGGAGACUUUGGACUAGCGAGGGAUAUCUACAAGAAUGACUACUACCGGAAGGAAGGUGAGGGCUUGCUGCCUGUCCGAUGGAUGUCACCGGAAAGUUUGGUGGACGGGGUGUUUACCUCGCAGUCUGAUAUCUGGGCUUUUGGGGUUUUGCUUUGGGAAAUCAUGACCCUUGGUCAGCAGCCUUAUCCAGCGCGGAAUAACCUGGAAGUUCUGCAGUAUGUGCGGGAUGGAGGGCGACUUACGCGACCACAGGAUUGUCCCGAUGAGCUCUAUCAACUGAUGUUGAAGUGCUGGUGCUACUCUCCCGACGAUCGACCAACGUUCCGAUACUGUUUGGAAGUCCUCAAAUCCCUAGAGGAGCACACCAGCGACUCCAUACGAAUAACCUCUCAAUUCCCCUGUAAAGUUCAGAACGGUGCGAUAUUUAACCGAUCCUAUCUGCUUUCCGACAUCAAUCACAAUCCGUUCAUGGCAGACAUCAAAUUCGGCAACAGUGGAAGCGGCGGUGCCUUCAUCAUCACUCCACCGACCUCGUCGAGCAGUAGCGGUGGGACCGUGAUGACCACGACGAUACCUAAGUACCUGGAGCUAGUGUACGACGACAGUAACAGCAACAACAGUAAGUGUUCGACCGGCGAGGACGUCCCACUGACGGCCGGCUUGGUGAGCAGUCUCCCAGCACCCACCGACAACGGGUACGAAAUCCCAAUCCACCAGAUCCUGCUGCUGCAGCACUUCAGCAACAACAACAAAGGCCGAACCUUUUCCAGUUCUUCGACGGUAAGCAACGCCAGCACGCUGCCGGCAUCGAUGGCGGCAGCUGCCGCCGGUUCGUCUGGGGUUGUUCGGGUGGACGACUGCUCCAGUCUGGAGGCACUGCUGCCGAUCAACUCGAUUCUUACCGUAAAGCUACCGGAUGAAUCCGACGAAACUGGCGAUGGUGGCGGUGGACACAGUUCAUCGCUACAGUGCGACGACAUAAACGACGAUAGUAUUAACAGCGGUUCCCAGCUGACGAUGGUCAACGAAUGCAAGACGUCGAUGUGAAUCAAACCUCUAAAUCCCUUGCACCCAACAAACUCGAAAAAAGUUAAAACAAAUCGAAGUCGACAAAACUAGCAAUUUCUAACAUUCCAAAGAGACGAUCCUACUAGCUACAGAUAGCGCAUCGCAGUAGGCGGUGCGUGCAAUUGCUCAAGUCAUCAUGGUGAUGCUACUAAACUGCGACGACUGACUUCCCCUCUGUUAUCAUCCGUGCGUGCGGGUGCCUUCCGUACGCAAUUGUACAUAGUUAGAGCAAAUUUAAUCACAAAACACAAAACCCGUAGCUCGUAAGGUACCUACCUAAAUAACCUAAAUAUAAAUCUAAUAAUCGAUUGUUCCAAAUGUCAGUGUUCUCGUCGCCAAAAGAAGGGCGCACCGCUCUGCUCCGGUUACCAACCAACGGCAACGGUGAAUCGGUUGGUACCGCGAAGGCGGCUGCGCUUGUGUAAAAUUUUCGCUUUAAAAUAAGAUAACUUGUUCGCUGUUUAUUUUUAUUUUAUUUUUAUUGUUUGCUUGUACAUACGUUUAACAUUUAACAAAAACCAAUUGUAAAUAGUUCCGUGUGCAAUCGAUUCGGGUGCGUGCGAGUCACCCUUAUAUUAAGAGGUGACACUCUGACUGACUGUGAGGAAGAGUAAACUGUAUGUUUGGUGAUAGCUAGCAGAGUGUAAAAACAAUUGAUACCUAAUUAACGAUUUUAUUUUUGCGUAAAAAUAGUGCACAAAUCUAUUGUUUUUUUUUUCAUUACCAGCAGCAAUAAGUUAUUGUAGUUGUGGAUCUACGUAUAAUUAAACUACUUAGGAAACAAAAAGCAAAGUGUCAAUCAAUGGAAUGAACCAAUCAACAACCGAAUGUGAGUUUAGAACCGAAACCAAAAAAUAACCUAACGUUAGAA